UACUAGACUUAUAAGGGCGGAAAAUGUCUCUCAUAUCAGUUUGCUAUUGCCAAUAUAGCAAACAAUUUCACAAUUAUCUAUUUACUAAAAUUAUAAUUGUUCUAUUUAUGAUUGAACUGAUAAAUCGAUGAAUUCUAUGAUAGAGUCUUUCAUGGACUAAAUGAUAAUUGACUAUGUUUAAUAUCAUCUGUAGACGACUAUUUUGUUCAAUUCUAGAAGCUUACAUUGUCAAAUGUUGGAAGAUUUUCAAGCCUAACAAUUAUUAGUACUUGGGCAAGAGUAGAUUCUAUUCGAAUAUUGUAAAGAAAACUACUAAUUUUCUCCUCAAAAUGUAUAAAUGAAACUAUCUGAGAACAAUAUUAAAUAAUUACAAGAUUUUUCAAUGGAAAAUACGGUUGAACAUAGACAUUAUUCUAUAAAGAAUCACAAACAUGUCUCUUGCGAAUUGACAAACGAUGAAAUUGUUUGGAACCUCAAAAAAGUCCACCAAACAAUCGUUCAAUCAAUACGUUAAUUUAUGGAAGACUGUCGAUGAUAGAAUGGGAAGUCUAUUAGAAUGUAGUGGGCUGAUUGAAAUGUUGUGAUAACAAGGUUUCGUCGUUUGACCUGUUGGUUGGUGAUAAGGGUAGCGAAUGCGCGCGCAUCAGUCUCUGAGACGAGAAGAUGCAGUGAUUUAACGAGUGGCCCAAGACGAACAGUGGAAGAACGCCGGUGACCUUUGACCUGAAGAAAUGAACGAGCCAACCAUCAUGGUGGCCUCCGGUGCAUCUGUCAUCGUCGAACCUGUUACUGCUGCCGUCGAUGUAUCAGAGCCAGAGCUGCAGAUGUCUGCAGGGCAGUCUGCUCUGCAGAACAGCCUGCAGGGCGGUGCCAACGUAUGUGUGCCCAUGGCGCAGUACUGUGCCAUAUGCGGCGACCGUGCCACCGGCAAACACUACGGGGCAGCCUCGUGUGACGGAUGCAAAGGCUUUUUCCGCAGAUCUGUUCGCAAGAAUCAUCUGUAUACUUGCAGGUUCAGCAGGAACUGUGUGGUUGAUAAAGACAAGAGGAACCAGUGUCGCUACUGCAGACUGAGAAAAUGUUUCAAAGCUGGAAUGAGAAAAGAAGCUGUCCAGAAUGAGCGCGAUAGAAUCAGCUGCAGACGACCAAGCUAUGAGGAGCCGACGGCAGGAAAUGGACUCUCAGUGCAAUCCCUGCUCAAUGCUGAGAUGCUCUCCAGGCAGGUUGCUGCUUUGGAAAUGAGCAAUGACUACGAUUUGUCGAACAAGCAGAUCGCGAACAUCAAUGACGUCUGCGACUCAAUGAAACAACAACUGCUCUACCUUGUUGAAUGGGCAAAAUAUAUUCCUGCAUUCACUGAAUUACCUCUAGAUGACCAAGUUGCGCUGUUGAGAGCUCACGCUGGAGAGCAUUUACUACUUGGACUGGCUCGCAGAUCAUUGCAUUUGAAAGACGUUCUGCUUUUGGGGAAUAACUGCGUGAUCACAAAAUACUGCGCUGAAGCUGGAAUCGCUCCAGAUCUGGACAUUAGCAGAGUUGGCACAAGAGUAAUGGAUGAACUCGUUCGACCUCUUACCGAGGUUCAAAUUGAUGACACUGAAUUCGCCUGUUUGAAAGCUAUAGUCUUUUUUGACCCAAAUGCCAAAGGACUAGGUGAUAAAAACAGGAUCAAGUCUCUCCGGUAUCAGAUUCAGAUAAACCUGGAGGACUACAUCAGUGAUCGUCAAUAUGACUCCAGGGGGAGGUUCGGCGAGCUCCUCCUCACUCUUCCUGCGCUGCAGUCCAUCACAUGGCAAAUGAUCGAGCAAAUCCAGUUUGCUAAAUUAUUUGGUGUUGCAAGGAUUGACAGUCUUCUGCAAGAAAUGCUACUGGGAGGUGCUACAACCGAAGCGAACAACCAACAGAACAACACUGGAGGUGGCAGCGUCGGCAGCUACCAGAGCUCCAACGGCUCGCCGGACAGUCACGCCGCUCUCAGUCCGGAGCACAGUCCACACUCUCUGGCCAGUCCACCUCAGCCUCACAACGGCGCAUCCUUGGAGGCGCCUCCUGGCAUACGGGACGACUCUGACGUCAUCAAUGUACCUUACGACCACAUCGGCUUCAAGCAAGAGCCUUCCCUCGAACAUACCUACUAGUGCCGAACACUUUCUGUGCAUGCAUAAAUAGACUAACAUUGUAACAAAAUUUUAUUCACUAUCUGUGAAUAAAAUAUUCCAUGACAUACCGUAAUAUGAAAGAUCAAGAUCCUUUUGACACUAGGAGAUUUGGUCAUGAUUUCAUUAAGAUGAGUAUUUCAAAUUUCAAUGUUUGAUUCUCAUUACUCAUAAAGGUAGAGAUCGAAUAAAAUUGAAAAUGAACUACGCCAUUUUAUUUGUUUUUCAAAAAAAAUUCAAUAUAUCAUGUCACACUCUAUUCUUUCUACACAAAAAGAUUUGCUAACGGCUCGAUUCAGAUACUGUAAAUAUUUAGAAAUUCAAAGCUUGGUUCUCAAAUCUCAUCGGUAGAGAUCGAACAAUAAUUGAAAGUGGGCUACGGCAUUUUAUUUGUUUUUCAAAAUAUAUCUCACACUUUAUCCUUUUCACACAAGGAGAUUGUGAUUUACCAUUAGCCUUCAUUUACAUUGUGAAUUGAAUAUUCCAUGACAUACCGUAAUAUUAUACAUUUUUCAAAAUAUACUCCACAUUAAUCUUCAUUUUCCACAUAAAACUUUCAAGAGAACAAGUUUUCAAUUCAUAAUCAUGCUCUAUGAUUCAUUAAAAUAUAAUGCUGAUAGGCCUAUACAACAUUUUUUAAUCAACUGACUGACGUUCGAAUAAUCAAUAUUGUACUGUAUACCGCACUAAUGCAGAGUAGGAUAUCGUUUCGAUUCAUUUGCUGAGAAAUGAAAUCUCUUAUGAAUAUAUAUUAAUUAAAUCAAGUGAUACAAGUUGUUGGUCACAAUAUUAUUUAUUAUUUUGUAAAUUUUAUUUAGAUAAUUUCUAAUAAAAACACUUUUUUACUAAUGCAUGUGUAUUUUAUGAAUUUCAUAUUUUAUUCUCAUAUCACUAAUAAAACAUCAUAUAUUUGAUGGCAAAA